UCUUGCUUGCUUGCUUUCUUUUUUGGCUGACCCUGUCUUUUUCACGUCACUAAACCGCGCAUGCGCACUGGGAUGGUUGCCGGUUGGUUGCUGUAGUUACAGCACAGGGGAAAGAAAAGCAGUACACCUGCGCUCAUCCUGUCAAGUUUCGCUGUGUUUAUCCUUUUAGUUUUCGCACCACCAGGUGUCUGCAGAUUGGAGAUGUGUGCUGAGAUAAUCUCAUUUAGCUGACAUACUGCAGAUCCUCUCUGUCUCGGUGGUGGAAAUGCCAGCUGUGAGCCAGGAUAAAGAGGAUUCCCAGUCUCCAUCAGAAGAAGAGCUAGAGUGCCAUCCCUGUAUAGCCUGGAGUGGGAUCAGCAGGAAGAUCCCAGUUCUACUCUUCCAUGCUGAAGCUAUUGUAUCCAAAGAGGAAACUAUUUGUUCCGUUGGCGAAAGAUACAACUUGGCCUUCAAGAUUGUACGUACAGAGAGUCGACUCGUGCGAAGCAUUCUUGUGAAUCAUGGAUUCCAUGAGGUCCAUCCAAAUAGUAAUGAUUUCAACCUCAUGUGGACAGGCUCCCACCUUAAGACUUAUCUGCUCCGCAGUUUGCAGGAUUUCCAGAAAGUCAACCACUUCCCCAGGUCAAAUGAGCUGACACGGAAAGACCGGCUGUACAAAAACAUUCAGCGGAUGCAGCAGGCUCAUGGAUUUCAAAACUUUCACAUUGUACCUCAGACCUUUGUUCUUCCUGCUGAAUAUCAGGAAUUUUGCAAUGCCUUUUGUAAGGACAAGGGUCCAUGGAUUAUCAAACCUGUUGCAUCUUCCAGAGGCAGAGGCAUCUACCUGGUCAGCAGUCCGAGUCAGAUCUCAUUGGAUGAAAACAUCCUGGUGUCACGGUAUAUUAGCAACCCGUUACUGAUUGAUGAUUUUAAGUUUGAUGUGCGAUUAUAUGUUUUGGUGACGUCUUAUGACCCGGUCAUUAUCUAUGUCUAUGAAGAAGGGCUAACUAGAUUUGCUACUGUGAAGUAUGACCAUGCUGUGAAGAACAUCAAGAACCAGUUCAUGCACCUCACCAACUACAGUGUAAACAAGAAGAGCAGUGACUAUGUCAGCUGUGAUGACCCUGAAGUAGAGGAUUAUGGGAACAAAUGGAGCAUGAGUGCAAUGCUGAGGUAUUUAAAACAGGAGGGAAAGGACACCACAUUGCUGAUGGGUCAGAUAGAGGACCUGAUCAUUAAGGCUGUGCUGAGUGCAGAGUUACAGAUUGCUACAGCCUGCAAGAUGUUUGUCCCUCAUCGCAACAACUGCUUUGAAUUGUAUGGUUUUGAUGUUCUCAUUGAUUCCAACCUCAAGCCAUGGCUCCUGGAAGUGAACCUCUCUCCAUCAUUGGCAUGUGAUACUCCUCUUGACCUGAAAAUAAAGGCCAGCAUGAUCUCAGAUAUGUUUUCUCUUGUGGGCAUUGUAUGCCAGGACCCUCUACUAAAACAGAUGCGGUCAGAAAAGGCUGGACUUGACCCAACUGUAAAGAACCACAAAACUCAGCAUCAUUUCUUCACACAGGCUGCCUCUGCCAAAUCCAGAGUGAGACCUCAUUCUGCCAAUAAUAUUGAGGAGCUGAAAGAGAAACAGGGAAGCAGGCAUGUGGACACGCUGGGCUUGACUGCAGAGGAGUUAAAAGUCCUGAGGAGGACACAGGAGGAGCACGAGAGGAGAGGUGGAUUCAUCCGUAUUUUCCCCACACCACAAACUUGGGAGCUCUACAGUCGUUAUCUGGAAUACAAGACAUCCAUGAACUCCAUGUUGGCUAAUAAACUUUUCCAUGGAAGGUCAGAAAAAUCCUCUGUGACCACACAAUUCAGGAAUAGAUUGAAGGGUAAUAUGCCCUUAGAAGAGGAGGCCUAUAAAACCUGUCAUGUAGUUCAGUAUGAGAGCAAAUUGCUCUCUCUCGAGGCACGAAGACACAGGAAAAGGCAUACGACUAGCCGUGCCACUCCUCGGAAAAGGAAAACUGGUCGAAGGCCUUUACCAUCAUCAGCGCACAGCAGUGAAAAUGAGGAAGCUGAUGAGAGAGAGGAGCGAGGACCACAGGGAAAGCAGGAGCACACAAUGUCUCUGGCACACACAGACCCUCAGCCCACCCUGUUGGAGAGGCACCGAACUGAAGAACACUUUCCAGCUAGAGUCAGCAAACCCAAAGUGGAUCUGCUCCAUAUUCUCCAGCAGGGGUGGGAUCUCAGUAAGGUUCAGGCACGCAUGGCCUUCUCCUCUUAUCUCCAUCGGGUCCAGAUGAGACUGCUUGUAGAGAGCAGAACCAACAGUACCCCAGCAUGGGAACAAAAGGACAAUGACCAGAUGGAGCUGGUAAUGCGUUUUCUGAUGCGAGCUGCCAGUAACCUGCAGCAGGGCAUGCAGGUGGUGCUACCCAGCCGCCAGCUUUCCCUGCCUGACCGUCGCCGCAUACUGGCCCAUCAGCUCGGGGAGUUCAUCCACUGUUAUAACCAGGAGACAGAACAAAUGGCAAAAAGUUUGGAGAAGACUGAAGAUGAAGAUCGAUGCAUCAGUUCAAACGUGUUUCGGGAGUUUAUUUUGGAAGCAAGUGAAAGUGAUCUAGAAGAUGUCCUCACUUUCUACACACACAAGAACAAGUCUGCCAGUGUGUUUUUGGGGAGUUCCAGAAGAGACCGUAACAAAGAAUGCAGUAACAGCUCAGGGGAGCCAGCAAAGCAUCACAGCAGGAGAAAUCUGUUAAAUUCCAAAGAAGGCUCUAGCGCUUCAGGAUUGUCGCUGACUGCCAAGGCCGACUCACCAAAAAACGCAGAAAUCCAAGAGAGUGUAACCAGACCAGGAUACAACAAAAGCAGUAUAACUGUGAAUAUGAACAGCCAUAGUAACACUAUUCAAAACAGUGACAAAUAUAGUACAUUAAAUAAUGGUGGACACAAAAACAACAAAAUUCAAAAUGGAAAUACAGUGACAGAAGGUCAGCCUGAGGCCUCAACUGCCUUUGGGACUCAAACUAAUGAAAGCAAAACAAGAGGUUUACAAGAUGGAGAAUUUUGGAAUAAAAGUUCCCACAUUACAGUUGUUGGAAAUGACGAUGAACUGUCAAAAAUGGUUAACGAUGUCAUUGAGCAGCCUGAAACUGCAAAAAAUUGUAAAUCGCAAGUCAAGGCCCAGGGUUCUCAACACACUUCAUCUUAUCGUGCAGCCCUAGACUGUGAGCAUAUCCACCUGCAGCAGUGCUUCCCACGAUCUGAACCUGAAGCUCAGCCCCAGGCUCAACCUCCUCCUUAUAUCCAUCCUCCCCCACACCUGCAUGCUGAUUCUCAACGCGAACCACAAACUACUUUAUCUUCUUCAAAUACAAAUUGUCUGCGGCCUACACGAGUAAUGUGGGCUUCAUCAAAUUCACGUUCGCCCAGAUCAUUUGCAACUACUGAAGUGCUACAACAAAGCCAGGGUUCACAAAUGGCACAGCUGGUCACUAGUGGUGUUUCAUCUUCCACUGCCUGUACUACAAACAUGUACAGUCAGACUGUCUUAUGGCCUUCCUCUGCAGUGCAAGUGAGUAAUAAGGCCAGUAAGGCCAGACCUGCUUCUGCGGGAAUGUUUAAGGAGCCAGAUUCACUCUCAGCCCAGGCCCAGUCAAAUCAUCAGGCUAUUGUGGCUGCCCUGAAGAAACUAGUGGAGAAACAAGCUGCUCGCCAGUACAGCACCUCCAGCCACAUUAGUCUCCUUACACAACAUUUGACCAACCUGAACCUAGCUAAAGGAGUUUUCAGCAGAGGGGCUCAGAGCGUCACAUCAGGAGCUCGGCCUGAUACAGCGACAACUCAGCACUCAGGCAUGAACCUCUCUGGUGCUGUGAGCAGUCACAGGAAGGAUGCUGGUGAUGGAAAAUGCCAGAGUACCUGUAAUUUGUCUACUGGAGCGACUUUGCAGCCUGCAUCAGGCAGCUAUCAGCUCCAGUUUGCCAUCCAGCAGCUCCAGCAGCAGAAACUGCAGUCCAGGAAGCUACUGGACCAAAGCCGCUCUCGACAUCAAGCCAUGUUGGAUGGACACACGUUUGUGCCUGGUGCUGUACCCCGAAACCCUGUUCCCGCCAGCUGUAGCGUUCAGGUUGACUCACAGUCCCAGACCAGCAUAAAGCAGACAGCAAGUUGGAGAGAUUCAUGCCAUCCUGAACCCCUGGUCCCUACACGGGGUGCCGCCACUCUGAUUCCCAAACCCCCCAGCAGCACACCCAAAGAGACACUCUCACGCAAGACUGCCACUCAAAGGACCAACCAGCAAGCACCAUAUGUGGCUCCAUCCGGAAAUGGCUUAUCCAGUCGACAAAAUGUUGUUUAUGACACCACGUGUGGAAAAAUGGGUCUGUCUGUGUACAGCAAAGUAUUCGACGCUCAGAGGUCCAGACCCAGAUGACUGAGCGAGGACUGGUGCAGUGAUUACCUGCUGCUGUUGGAUCUCUUCACAGGAACAAUUUUUAUCAUUCAGACUAAAGUGUCAGUAUGGUUUACCAUGAUGGAAUAGAAAAUUCUGUUAAAUGAAUAGGUGGGCUAAAAUUCCCACAAUUCUUCCCUUCUUCCCCGAAUGCAAUGAAUCAUUUGAGGUGUACAGUGUAAGAAAUUUGCUUUUUCAGUUUUUCCACUGGACCUACAAGUCUAAUGUGGAUAACAAGCAAGGGACGCUUAUACAGUAGCUGCAAGCCUCCAUCGCAUAAUUGCUCCACACCAGUUGUUAUAUAAUCCCAAACAGACUUGCUGCUGUGGUUUCUGACAGUUACACACUGUUAGCUAUUAGAAUAUGCUGCAUAUCUAAAAACAGUAGUAGCAGCCAUCUUAAAUCAGGUAUCACUUUGUUCAUCAGCAAUUAGUUUGGUAUCACACUGCACAAGCAUCAUACUUAGGGGUAGGAGGUGUAGUUUAAAGGCGAAAUUGUACAUGUAAAGUGUUUUGGGUGACAGUUUGGUCAUUUGUAUAUUUAAUUAACAAGAACUUGCUCUGUUAUUUUAUGAAACUGUUCAUAUACACAUGGUAUUAUUGAGCCAAAACAUGCCUUUUGCACGAUCUUACACUGGUAGCUUAAAAGUCUCCUUAUUUGUUAGCCACAUGAGCCUUAUAACUCUAAUACAAAACUAAAGCAAACUAAACAUGGGGGGAAAUUUGUGUAAAUUAAAUUUUUGGCUGAAUUAUUCCUUUAAACAAAGUGACAUCUACAUCCUCUCCUCUUUGUCUCUCCACUGUGCAGCCAGCAUACCAUAAACAUUUUUUAUAUUCUCUGCUAGCUAAUCUUGUUUUACUGUUAUCUUGCUUCAUGUCCCGGCCCCCGCACUAGACAAGAAUCAUAUCCUUCCGUGUGGUGGAGGAACAGCUGACAAAUGCUACUACCCCUGAGACUGUGUCUGACAUAAAACCGACCUUAUUUAUUUAUUUUUUUUGGAGAGCAUGUGGCUGUGAGGAUAGCAUGCUGUGUAAGAAAUCCCUGGCUUUGACACGAGCUCAGAUCUGUUCCAUGGCCCAAGAUUUUCCGGUGGCCUUCAGUUCCUCCCCGUCCUAUUGCUGCAGUUGUCCAGCCCCAUUCUCACCCUGCAACUGCUGCCAUCAAAAGACUGUGUGAAUAGACAGGCAACAGCAGCUGCUAACUCUACUCUGCCUCUCAGGCUGAGCACUAUAACAGAGCAGAAGAGUAAGCUUCCUUACACACACUUUCAGACUUCGAUCUUCAGUAGACUUUACUAUUCACUUUCAGAGUUAGAAACCUGUGACCUGUGAUUAAAAGAUUGCAUAUUUGAGCUUGAAAGAAUCUUAUCAGGUAUAAUGUAUGCAUUAAGUAUAAUUGUGGAAUAAACCACAAUGGGGUGUGGUGUGAUACUUCCACAAUGUGUUUUAUUCCUCCUAUACCACAGCGAUUUGCUAAUGAUUACAGUUUCUCUAUUUAUUAAUGAACAAAAUCUUAUGCUUCUUUAACUUUUUUCAUAGUUAUAUUUUAUGUUAUGGAAAUUCUGCAAGACAAGAUACUUCCUUACGUUCUAGCAGCUAUAAACAAUCCUUCACUCACCAGUGUCUCUUAUUUUCUCUCUUAAUAAAACAAAAAUCACAGCUUGUCAUGUUACCAAGAAACUACAAAGCAAAAAGUCCUCCGUCAUAAAGACUUUGCUGUGGUGGAGCCCUUACUGAGCUUCACAAAGCUGUGACGCUGGAGACUCCCUUAAUAAAUGUUAAAGAAACAUCUCCUAACAGAAAGCUGCACUAUCAGAGAUUAUACCUUUCUUUUUGACAAAUACAUGUUUUUUAAAUCUAUUUGUGUAGACUGCCCAUCAUAUAAGGCCCUGUGAAUAAGCUGAAAUGAUAAUGUAGUAGAACGAGCGCAUUAAUAUAAACACUUUCAGAUUCAGGAAUUCUGCAGUGUCGUGGUAUAAUGCUGAUUAUAAAGUGCAUUAAGGCUGAUUAUAAAGAGCAUUAAGGCUGAUUAUAAAGAGCAUUAAUGCUGAUUAUAAAUUAUUGCCAAAGGACAAUUGCCUGGUAGUAGAGAUUGUGAUCAGCACACAUACCUUCACGUAUUAAUAAGCACUGUGUCAGUCGAGACCAUAAUACUCUCCACAAGUGCCUUAUCACGGGGCCACAUACUGCUUGUGUAUUGAGUUUUAUUACCUGGUUUGCUGUAUUUUAUGAUCAGUUCCAAAUGUACUACACUCAUGCUAGCAGACUAAAACAACUGAAUCUCUAGGACUUAAUGGCUCCAUUGGAUCAGUGAUUGGUGUACUUCAUUAACAGACCCUGAAAAUAAGUCUGGUUGAUAAAUCGUGGGAUUCUUCUUAAUGUCUUUCCACAGAAAACGGUUAACCCUCCUACAGAGUACACCAGUUUUAUCCAUUUACAGCUCCAUAGGGAAAGUCCUGUUUCUUGAAGAGUUAAUAGUUUAAUAUCUUAAAAGGCUUGACAGUCUGCGUGACUAAUAGUUGGGUUUUGUUGAUGUUUUACAAAACUUCAACAUAUUUUUGACACAAGUUAAUUAGAACAAAUGGUGUUUCUCUUUUUAGUUACAGGUCAUUAGUUAUUCUCAGUCAUAAAGUCUGGCCAGCAAUGUACUGUAUAUUAUUGAUGUAUGCAAAACAAAGCCUUAUGUCCCCCAAAGAGGAUAUUGUACUGUAACAUUUAUCAACUCAGGGUUUGGUAUUUUAGAGAAAAUGUAUUUUUAGCUUUUAAGGUGUUAUUGUUUUAUAUUGUAUUUGUCUUGUGUGCAUUAUUAUAAAUCCAAUAUUUUGCAUUAUUAAUUAUUUCAGUGUAGAACCAAAUAUUGAAAGUGUAUGACCAAAAUGUUGUAUGAAUACUACAUGAAAACAUUGAGUCAUUGAUAUUUGUACAUAGUAGAAACAGGGUGGAAACAAUCAAAUUUUUGCAGAUAGUACAUGUUGUGAAAUGCUUUUGAUUUCUUCUGCAUUGACUUUAUUACAGUGUAGAAGAAAAUUGCUUUUUCUGUGGCACAGCUAAAAGAAUGUAAUGUGUGUGUAUACUUGAACAUGUGCUUGUUUAUGCAACCAUGCUGUCAUCCUUUCCAUUAGUAACUACAUCAUGAUUUUUGGUUGUAUCUUUCUCAUUCUGCAUUAAUUAUUUCAUUAAAAACUACAAAUUUUUCUCAUGA